AUCGAGAUGGAACAGCUCGUUUAUUUUAUAAUAACGAUAAUGAAGCGAUCAAUCAUGUUUUCAAAAACGAAACUAAUUGGGAAUUAAGACCAUUAUCAGACAUGAUUGAUCUCCUAGGUCGAUGCAUUACAGCUCAAAAGAAUGAAACAAUCAGGGCAAUGUACGACGGUGGCGAACUGGAGUUAGUAACUCCAUACACAAGGUUUGUUCAUGAUAGUCGUGUAUGGUCCAGGAAGACUGCUGAGGAACGUCAAAGUGUUAUUUCGAGUUAUUAUUCCUAUAAACCGCCAGUUUCUCAGACAACAACGGCGUUUAAUAUUUCAUCAAGAGCAGGGCGUAAACCCGGCAAAUCUGCUGCACGUGGAACAACUACCACCAGAAAAAAGAAAAGUUAA